AUGCGGAAGGGGGACGAUGCAGAGUAUGCCGAGAAUGCAGAGUAUGCCGAGAAUGCAGAGUAUGCAGUCGACGCAGACGACGAUGCAGACGAUGCAGACGAUGCAGACGAUGCAGACGAUGCAGACGAUGCAGACGACGCAGCUGCGGCAACGAGGGAAGAGGGAGAAACGACGGACGAUGUUAGAGCAGCAUCCUAA